UCUGAUCCAGCUACGUUACUUCAUCGUGCUACAGGCUGCAGCGAGGACCUUUUGGGAGUGGAAGCACUGCUCGGCUUUGAUUCAGAGAGAUCAUUUCAGUCAUGGAUAUUUCAGAACCCACCAAUCCUAACAUCUUUCACAUUCAUUAGGACUGCUUUAUUUUCUGCUACGAAUGAUCUCUUUUCAGUUCCUUGUACUUUGUUUCAGUUCUCGGCACCGUUGUUGGCUCUACCAUGGUGCAGAAGUAUCAGUCCCCAGUGAGGGUGUACAAACAUCCUUUUGAACUGGUCAUGGCAGCAUAUGAGAGGAGGUUUCCCACCUGUCAUUUGAUCCCCAUGUUUGUGGACAGUGAUGUGAUCAGUGAGGAGACCAGUGAGGAUCGAUCUUUUCAUAGGAUUGAGAGGAGGUGUAAACUUGACGUGGAUGCACCACGACUCCUCAAACGGAUUGCAGGUGUGGAUUAUGUCUACUUCAUUCAGAAGAACUCUCUGAACCACAGAGAAAGAACUCUUCAUAUUGAAUCUCACAAUGAAACCUUCUCCAACAGAGUCAUCAUUCAUGAACUCUGCUGUUACUCGGUUCACCCAGAAAAUGAAGAAUGGACAUGUUUUGAACAAUCUGCCAGUCUGGACAUCAAAUCUUUCUUUGGUUUUGAGAGCACAGUGGAGAAGAUCGCGAUGAAACAGUAUGCCAGCAGCAUCAAAAAGGGUAAGGAGAUUAUUGAAUACUACCUGAGGGAGCUAGAGGAAGAAGGUGUAACUUGCGUACCUCGGUGGAGCCCUUGCCCACCAUCACCCACAAAGCCCAUGGUGCCAGUUGUUAUCCCUGCAUUGCCUAUCACUCCCACAAUCACCAUUGAAGCCCCUCCUGAGAGCAUGAAUGAGAUUCAAGUGUGUAAAGAGGGCAGCAGUCCUCUGGGCAGCCUGAAUGACGCCCUUGUAGCCAGUCCAGACGAUAAACUGGAUGCAGACUACAUCAAACGUUAUCUGGGUGACCUCACACCCCUUCAGGAGAGCUGUCUGAUUCGCCUGCGCCGCUGGUUGCAGGAGACACACAAGGGCAAGAUCCCAAAAGAUGAGCAUAUUCUAAGGUUCCUGCGUGCACGGGACUUCAACAUAGAUAAGGCACGAGAGAUCCUUUGUCAGAGUCUGACCUGGAGGAAGCAGCAUCAGGUGGACUACCUUCUGGAUACCUGGAGCUCUCCUCAUGUGUUGCACGAUUACUACACCGGAGGCUGGCACCACCACGACAAGGAUGGCAGGCCUCUGUAUAUCCUACGCCUAGGACAUAUGGACACUAAAGGACUGGUUCGAGCACUUGGAGAAGAAUCCCUGCUCAGACAUGUGCUGUCAAUCAAUGAAGAGGGUCUGAGACGCUGUGAGGAGAACACCAAAGUCUUUGGUCGGCCAAUUAGUUGUUGGACAUGUCUUGUCGAUCUUGAGGGGCUCAAUAUGAGGCAUCUGUGGCGUCCUGGAGUCAAAGCUUUGCUGAGGAUUAUUGAGGUGGUGGAGGCCAAUUACCCAGAGACCCUGGGCCGUCUACUCAUCCUCAGAGCUCCCAGAGUCUUUCCUGUCCUGUGGACUCUGGUGAGCCCUUUCAUUGAUGAGAAUACACGAAAGAAGUUCCUGAUCUAUGCAGGAAAUGACUACCAGGGCCCUGGCGGUCUUGUGGACUACAUUGAUAAAGAAAUCAUCCCUGACUUCCUUGGAGGAGAGUGUAUGUGUGAAGUGCCAGAGGGCGGCCUGGUUCCCAAGUCACUGUACAGAACUGCAGAAGAACUGGAGAAUGAUGAGAUCAGACUUUGGACAGAGACUAUUUACCAAAGUGCCAGCAUCUUCAAAGGAGCACCACAUGAGCUACUGAUUGAGAUCAUUGAUGCCUCCUCAGUCAUCACUUGGGACUUUGAUGUAUGUAAAGGUGAUGUGAUCUUCAAUAUCUAUCACUCUAAACGGGCUCCACAGCCGCCUAGGAAAGAUCCGCUGGCUACCCAUGGCAUCACCUCUCCUGCAGGCAACAACGUGCAGCUUAUUGAUAAAUCUUGGCUGCUGGGACAGGACUACAGCAUGGUAGAGUCACCCCUCACCUGCAAAGAGGGAGAAAGUGUACAGGGUUCACAUGUGACGCGAUGGCCAGGAUUCUAUAUUUUGCAAUGGAAGUUCCACUCUAUGCCAGCAUGUGCCACUACAAACCUACCCCGGGUGGAUGAUGUUCUGGCUACUCUGCAGGUGUCCUCUCACAAGUGCAAAGUCAUGUACUACACUGAGGUUCUGGGCUCAGAGGACUUUAGAACGGCUUGCUGCGAUGUACAGAGUUUGGGCUCAAUGACCAGUCUGGAAUCCAGUCACAGUGGUUUCUCUCAGCUCAGCGCCGCCACCACAUCCUCCAGCCAGUCACAGUCCAACUCUAUGAUCUCCAGGUAGAAUAGAAAGAGAUUUAGGCUCUAAAAUGUUUUAUCAGUUCAGUUUCUAGAUUCUCAAUAAACCAUUACUAUUCUUUCUCUGUUAUCUAUCCCAACACUGUAUCACUCCAUGUCAAGGACCUGACGCAUGCUCACACAACUAAAAAGAGUAUAAAAGAUAAACUUACCUAAAAGGAUUUUAGUGGUGGUAGGGUUUUUUUUUUUAUGGUUAAAGGGCUUGAAUCUGCUUUGCCAUAGCGCUCAGCUGAGCCGCAGGUCAGUUCAUAGGCCGAUUGUGCUUUGUGUGAGUGUCCGAAGGAGCUCACACUUUACCAUGCAUUUCUACAUUUCCCAUGGACUGCAUGCUGAACUAAGCAAUACAUGUUCUUCAGAUUGGGAAAGAGCCUGAAAUGAAUGCGCUCACUUACACAUCUCAAAUACUGCACAUAACUACAUAUAUGCACUUAGAUCUGCCAUAUCACUAGGAGCUCAUCCUCUUGGUGAAUUGUUGUUAGGUCAGUGGGAGGGCAUCUGCAAUAAUUUAGAAGAAAUUUGUACUAUUUGAAUUUCUAUUUAUCAUAAAAUGUUUAAGGAGACUGGGUUAAGUCUUCUUGGGUGCUACAAGCUUGUUUCCUCAUUGUUAGUGUGUAGCUAGACUUGCAUUUUGAAAAUGGCAAAGUGUUCAGUGAAAUAGUCACAGUGUUAGAUAUAGUCUUCAGUGCUUACUACUAGUGUUAGCUUGAAUUUUGGCUUUGUGGAAAUGCCUUGAUAUCGAACCUCAGACUUGCUGCUGAUCAGUUCCUAUGCAGUCAGCCAAUCAGUGCUUGGAAUGGUCAUUCGUAUAUUAAUAGGUCAAAGCAUUCUUUAAAGACAGCUUUACUGGAAGAGGGGCAGUGUAAAUUUUGUAGUGAAUUUUAUCGUUGCUCCAACAGAAUAGUUAAAUUUGUUUUUAUUUUUUCUGUAUUAUAAAAGGAAAGAAAAGUUUUUUUUUGGGGGGGGGGGGGGGGGGGGGGGUUGCCUCUUUCGUUUGACCGUUUCAAUUAGCAAAAUCUUGAAAUGGAGUGGGGUUGUCUAGUGAACACAAUCUAGUGAAACAUGCUCCUUAAAGACUUUGUUCAGGUUAGAAUAUCAAUCAGAAUUUAAAACAAUAUGCUCAAUAAAUGGAUGAGAGCAUGUCCAUUAAUCCAGGUGACUUUAACAUGUUUGACAACCUGCACAAUAAACUAGUCUCACCUGUUUAAUGUCCUGUGAGAAUAUGUCUGUUUCCAGGUGAGGUUUACCUGAGGACAGUGGAUGUACUCACAUUUAACUUGCAACGGUUGUUUGAAUCAUGCUGGAGCCAAUAGUCUAAAAAUACUCCCUCUCCUUCAUUUCUUAGACUUAUUAGUCCUGAUCUCAUGGACAGGACACUUUGGGGAAAAGGAGAUUGUUACACUUAACAACUAGUUUUUGCAUGUCAUCCUAGAAUGCUGAUCGUAAUAUGAUACAUUUACAGUGUACUAAUAUUCUGGAAGUGUAAUAACAGUAAAAAAGUAAAGGAGGAACAAGUAAUAUUUUGUUUGUUGGUUUAAAAAAAAUUUAAAUUUUGUCAUGAGAACUUUUAGGAUUAUUUUACAACUGUUAAGUUUAUAGGUUGAUGUUUUUAGCGUGGCGUAAAUACAAUACAACUUUAAAUGCAAUUUGGGUUUCUACGGAAAUCCUAUAUCAAGCUACCAUCCCUUAAAACUUCUAAACAUCUGUGAAGCACAUAUUCUGAACCAUGUGUACUUUGAAAUCCUCUCAUUUGACUACAAGCUGCCAGUCAGAUAGGAGUUUCUGAUCUUAUGGUUCUAGAAUUGAACAUUGUUUAACCAUGCACAGGUUAGUAGACUUGUUUUAUGUGUAGAGUUUAGGAAAAAGUGAGAGAUUCUAUUUACAGUACAAUUCUUAAAAUCUUUAACAAAUUGCUGUUUGAAUAAUGCAAAAAUCAACAUAAGACCAGUGUGUCAGGUGUAACUGUAAUGCUUUACUGUGAAGAGAAUUCUAUAUGAUUUGUAUGAACGUGUGGUUGUUUUUUCACCUCCUUCAUUUAUCGGUUUUCAGCCAUCUAAUGCUAUGUCAAUCAUUUUAAUUUGUGUCUUACUCUUUCGGCUAGAUGAGACCCAUGAUAUUGCCAUAUGCAAGCAUCUAUACAGUAAAUGUAUAAUGGCCAGUAAUGUGUCCAAAAACACACUCUCUCUCUCUGACGUGUGCACACGCACAAACACGCACAUUUGUAGUCUUCCUUAUACACCUGCCUUUAACUGAUCAGACCAGUGUGUUUGAGAAGUAAAUCUAGGGGCUUUCACACCCACCCAGCAUUCCACGAACAAGCACCAAUAUUCUAAUUUUGUAAAUUGAGCUUAGAAUGUUUAGAA